AUAUAAACGAGUGGGUUUAUAUCAUCAGUAUUACAGAGAUAGAAGUUUCCGAGAAUAUAUGUUAAUAAUUAGAGGUUGAAAUAUCUUGUUUUAGCCUUAUUCUCGUGUAUCGCUGAAGCCCUGCUGUGUGAAUUCCUCCCCGUGGCAAGCAUUCACACCAAACAUAUGAACCACUUACUGAAUACGAAUAUCUCAAAACUCUCAGCACAGCGAUACCAGUUCCUAUCUCCAAACCCGAGGCGACUAUCGAUUAUUAUUUUCCAUCAACCCACACUUUAGAUGUGGAUCACUGACUGUCUCUUCCGAUCUUGGGGGUAUCUAGUUUCAUUUUUCUACCGCCACCACUUAAACAUCACAGUUAUCGGACUCCAGAAUGCGGGUAAAACUACGUUUGCCAAGAUGCUAGAUAUCACAUCUAGAAACCAGGAAAGUGGAUCUGAACUACAUCGAACUCGCCGGGACUCUGCUUCUCGUAAACGAGAGCUUCUUACAAUCCCAACAGUGGGCUACGAAACCCAUUUCCUCAUGAUAAACAACGUUUCCAUCAAAUGUGUGGAUCUCGGUGGACAGGAAAGGUUUUACCGGUUCUGGAACAAUUUUCUUAUACAGGAAAAUACCGAUUUGAUUGUGUAUAUUAUUGAUUUAAGUGAUGGCUCCACGAUAGCUGAUGCCCGGGCUAAAUUGCACAACGUCAUACGUCAAACCAACGACUCAAAGGUGCCAAUUUUGAUACUUGGAAAUAAGCUUGAUAUUAUUUCAAAGUCAACGCUUGGAACGGACUCGGACGUCACAAAUGGCGCCAACAACGAUGCCACAAAUCACGUUUCUCCUCGCGAGUCUCUCCUUGACAUGCGCAACUUCAAGAAAAUGGUGUAUUUCACAAACUAUCUCGGGAUUGAGCAUAUUAAGGGGGGAAUUUAUCUUAGGGGGGAUGAUUAUGGCGCCAUUUCUGAGUCUGAUGGUCCUGUUACCUCCACCGAUCCCGUCUCCAACAACGGCACGAUGCUUUAUGGCUUGAUUCCCUUUACUCUAGGCCGAAUUUGGCCCCUGAAACAAGGCUUGCUGGGUCUAGAGGACUAUCGGAAUGGCCUGAUAGAGCUAACGCGUGAUGUGGGAAUAUUUAUUGGCUCACUUAAUGAACAACGGUAUAUUUCAGAUAUUAUCAGAUGGAUCCUUGGGAAUGGCUCCGACUUCUCGGCAAGUCCCCGUUUGUGCCCUGAACGCAGUACUUCUGCUGUCUCCAGCAUUCGACGGGAAUCGUAAAUUACGCGGUGUAAGGCUAUUGACAUAUUUAUUAAGCACUAGAAGCUCAAAAAUAAAAUAAUACCAGAAAUCGUAGCAAGCUAUUUUCUCAGCCUAUAAUAUAUAGUAUGUAUAACC